AUCUCUUAAACUGAAAACACAGCUUGAAAACGCUGUAGACUGGAGUGAUAUUCUUAAGUGAAAAAUCUUAUAACUCCUGACUGGGAAAUUGGCUAGCUGCUAAGCGAAAUGGCCCUGUAAGUUCCUUAGAUAUUAUUUAUUUUUAGUUAAAUUUAGUUUCUUUUUUGAAGCUUAUCCGACCAAGAAUUUGGAAGUUUUAUUAGAAAUAUGUUUUGCCAUUAUUAGUGAAGCUACGGGGUGUUUUUAGCUUUGUUUUUUGGCAAGUUUUGUAGUGUGAAAUAAUAUGGAGAUGAUAAUAAUGACAAAUGGACAAUUGGGUUUUUCUUGUCUUGAAAGAAGUGGGAAUUUGACUUGUAGUUGUAGCAGGAAACCAAAUUCUUCAUCUGGGUUUUUGAGUUCUUGGAGACCCUCUUUUGGUGUUCCAUUAAAUUCAAAGAGUGAAAAAAAGAUGGGAGCUUUUGACUUUGGUUUAAGAAUUAAGGCUUUGUCUAGUGGAGACUCCGAUAAUCGGUUAGUUGGUGGUGGGAUUCUUGAGAAAGAGCUCGAAUUUAAACCUUCUUUUGAUGAGUAUUUGAAAGCCAUGGAGUCUGUUAAAACUGGUAUAACUAAGAAGCAUACACGUAAAUUAAGUGGAAACAAGGUGAAGGAUGACUCGAAGGAAGGCAGUAGAACGUCAGUGGGGAAAACUGAGUGGAGGGGCAAGUUGAAGUUUAAGGAAAAUGAUGAGUUGGGAGAAAAUGAGGAUGGAGAAAUUGAUCGAAAAGACGAAACUAGCAGUAAAAUUUACAAAGAAAGGGGAAUUAGAGAAUCAAAUUUAAAAGUAACUGGUAAAGAAAGUAGGGCAUACGCAAAUGUAAAGAGGAAGAUAAGAGGAGCAACAAGAGAUAGGGAGUGGUUAAAUAAUGGAACCAGUAGUAUGAUCACUGAGUUGGAGGAUAUAAAUCAAGUUAAGGUUAAGAGAACCCAAAAUGUGCAAGAAAGAACUUUAGCAAUUGAUGGUGUUAGAAGGAGUCAAAGUACUACUGGCAAAAAAGAGGAAUUUGCUUAUGGUCAAAACUUCCCAGAAAUGCUGCGUAGGAAGGGGAAGACCCAUAUAGGAGAGGAAGACGGUGUUAGUGGGAAUAAAAUGGGUGGCAGACUUGUGAGGAAUUACGUCCAAAUUGAUAAAAAUACUGAUAAGGAAUUUAUGGAGAAAAAAGGGUUAAUCAGAAGAACCAAUCAGGCUUUCCUUGAUUAUGGUCAUGAGGAUGAUUCAGAAGUGGAAAGAGCUGCUUUCAAAAGUUUGGAGGAAUACAACAAUUUUACUGGUAGGCCGCAAAAUUCAAAAAGGGAAGUGGAGGACAGACUCCAGAAGCUAGCAAAGUGUUUAAAUGGUGCAGAUAUCGAUAUGCCCGAGUGGAUGUUCUCCAAGAUGAUGCGCAGUGCAAGAAUCAAAUACACAGACCAUUCUGUAUUAAGAAUUAUCCAAAUAUUGGGUAAACUUGGAAAUUGGAGGCGAGUGCUGCAGGUCAUUGAGUGGCUUCAAAUGCGUGAGCGCUUUAAAUCUCAUAGGCUCAGAAACAUCUAUACAACUGCACUUAAUGUACUUGGGAAGGCACAGAGGCCUGUGGAGGCACUCAAUGUGUUUCAUGUGAUGCAGCAACAAAUGUCUUCAUAUCCUGACUUGGUAGCUUAUCAUUGUAUUGCCGUCACUCUUGGACAAGCAGGACAUAUGGAGCAGCUUUUCGAUGUGAUUGAUAGCAUGCGAUCUCCCCCAAAGAAGAAAUUUAAAAUGGCAGCAGUUCAUAAGUGGGACCCGAGGUUGGAACCAGAUAUUGUUGUCUACAAUGCGGUCCUAAAUGCAUGUGUUCAGAGGAAACAGUGGGAAGGUGCUUUUUGGGUUCUACAGCAGUUGAAGCAACAGGGACUACAACCUUCUACUACAACAUAUGGAUUAAUCAUGGAGGUCAUGUUUGCAUGUGGCAAGUACAACUUGGUUCAUGAGUUUUUUAGGAAAGUGCAGAAAUCUUCUAUUCCAAAUGCUUUAGUGUAUAAAGUUCUUGUGAAUACUCUUUGGAGAGAAGGUAAGACAGAUGAGGCUGUAUUGGCUGUUGAAGAAAUGGAACGGCGAGGAAUUGUGGGGUUUGCGGCCCUUUAUUAUGAUCUUGCUCGAUGUCUUUGUAGUGCUGGAAGGUGCCAAGAAGCAUUGCUGCAGAUUGAGAAAAUAUGCAGGGUUGCUAAUAAGCCUCUGGUGGUAACUUACACUGGCUUAAUUCAAGCUUGCUUGGACUCUGGAAACAUUCAUAAUGCAGUGUACAUCUUCAACCAGAUGAAGCACUUUUGCUCCCCAAAUCUUGUUACCUUCAAUGUAAUGCUGAAGGCUUAUUUUGAGCAUGGACUGUUUGAAGACGCAAAGGAGCUUUUCCACAAGAUGGCAGAAGAUAGCAAUCAUAUCAGGGGUAAUCAUGACUACAAGGUUAGGGUAAUCCCAGAUAUCUACACAUUCAACACCAUGCUUGAUGCAUGCAUUUCAGAGAAGAGUUGGGAUGACUUUGAGUAUGUCUAUAGAAGAAUGUUGCACCAUGGAUUCCACUUCAAUGGAAAACGUCAUCUUCGGAUGAUAUUGGAUGCUUCAAGAGCUGGAAAGGUAGAACCUUUGGAAAUGACUUGGAAGCACUUGGCUCGGGCGGAUCGAAUUCCUCCCCCUAAUCUUAUCAAAGAAAGAUUUCGCAUUAUGCUCGAGAAAGACGACUGUAAGUCUGCCCUUGCCUGUAUUACCACUAAUCCAAUGGGGGAAUCACCGGCAUUUCACAAGGUAGCUUGGUUGAAUUUAUUCAAAGAAAAUGCAGAGCGGAUCAGACGGGAUACUCUCAUUCAGCUAAAGCAUGAGGUGAGCAUGCUUGUUAACCCACCAGAUCCUGUACUGCAAAAUCUGUUAGCAUCUUGUAAUGAUUUUCUUAACAGUCAGGUGAUAGUUUCUGAAGGGCCAGAAAUUGUUUGUACAGCUGAGUCUCAGACGAAUUUGAAGUCUUGAUGAAUUUAAUAUUAUUUCUCAUGCUUCUUUUCUUA